UGUUAAAAAUGAAACGAUAAUAAUAAUAAUAAUAAAAUUAUAAUAAUCGCAAUUCACAUUUUGUGCAUUUGUAAUUGCAAUUGCAAUUGGAAUCGGGCAGUUGCAGCAGUAUAUGGGCGGUGAGAAAUGUCCGGCAAGGUUAAAACCCUCACAACAAAGCUGUUAAAUUCCGUCGCAACCAGCCGCUCCACCACCGCCGCCGCCGUAACACUAAAAAACUAUCUCCAACAAUCUAACGCCGCUCCCGCCGGAACAACAAAAGGCGUAACCCUAAAAAACUAUCUUCAAGGAACCAACACCAGCCCCGUUGCCGUCGGUUUAAAACCCUCAAAGUCGACUAAAUCGAAUAAAUCAAAGAAAAAUAAAGGAAAAUCAUCUGUUAGCAUUAAACCUCUGAGUGCAUUAGCUGUUGAAUGCAGCAUCAAAGCUCCCGUAAAGAAACAUCCGAGAGCUCUUGAGAAGGACCUCGCGCGUGUAUUGAGCGAACAUACAAUUGCUCUAUCCGAAUCAGAUGAGAGAGAUGAUGAGCUACCAAUUAGAACGUUGGAUUCGGAUUUGGAUGAUCAAUGGUCACGAAUACCAAAAACUAGCAUUGCAUCGAUACGUCGCAAAGAAGUUACCCGGUUGAGGAAGCAAAGUUGGACCUUCACUUCUACACAGGAAAAUCAUUAUGGGAAGCUGGUUAGAAUGUGUACACACAAACUAGGCGCCAAUUGUACUAUACAACUCUUUGGUAAAUUGCACUGUGAAACCGGUGUUAAGGAUUUUAAUGCCAUGAUAGAAGUUUGCAUAGAGAAGGCUAGGAAAGCAGAUGAUGAGGAUCUAGCUCUAGAAGAGUUCCAUAGGGCCUAUAUGGUUUUUGAAGCUAUUAGGGAGCGUGGUCUUAAAGUCGAGGAAGUUACUUAUGGUCCCUUUCUUAUGUUUAUCAUUGACAUGGGUAUGGUUGAAGAAUUUCACUUCUUCUGUAAAAACAUUAGAAAGGAUAAUCCGGAUUCCCUUUCGAGACUGGCGUACUACGAGAUGCUUCUAUGGAUACAGGUUGGUGAUGAAGAGAAGAUAAAAACUCUAAUCAGUAAUGACAGCGACGAGGCCUACUUCCCUGAAAGCUAUUUGAUAGCCUUGUGUGAAGCGGGCCGACAAGAUGAGGUGUUGAUGCUUCUAGAAAAAAUAGAUAUAAAGAAAGUUUCCCGAGAAGAGAACAAGGAAAGGAUUUUUGAAUGGUUGGGAAGGCUUCUAUUGGAGUCCUAUGCUAAGAAAUUUAUACUGGAACUCAAAGCUGAAGAGGAUGCAAGGGAAUAUCUAUUAGAUUUGAUUUACAGCUAUGCAGUAAGCUUACCAAACAUACAGAUUGAAGACAUUGUUUUGAAGUUUAAAAGUUUGCAAGCAGAACUAAAGAUUCCAUCAUCAUCAGCUUAUGAGAAGCUUGUCAAAACGUGUUGCGAAUCACUGGAGGUACAUUUGGCAAUUGAUUUAGUUGAUACCAUGCUUAAGGCUGGCUUAAAUGUGCCCACCAUCACGGUCAAUUCCUUACUUACGUCAUGUUAUACUACUUGCGAUUAUAAUCUGGUCUAUCGCAUUAAAUCCAUGAUAGAUGAUCAUGAUAUACGGGUGGAUGUAGAGACCAUUAGGAUUAUGACAAACCUGUGUGUGAAAUUAAAAGAUUUUGACGGAGCAUAUGGCGUGAUGAAAGAUCUGAAGAAAUUGAACAAACAGCCUACUGCUAACAUGUACAAUGCUAUAAUGGGUGGCUACUUUCGACAGAAGAACUUCCAUAAAGGUCUGAAGGUUCUAAAAGAAAUGGAUGCUUUAAAUGUCAAACCAGAUUCUCAAACUUUUAGCUAUAUUAUAGGCAAUUGCAACUGUGAAGAAGAUAUCAUAAAGUAUCGUAAUGAACUGAGUGAAUCGGGAGUCUUACCUACAAAGCACAUUUUCAUGGCUCUUAUAAAUGCAUAUGCAGCUUGUGGGUUAUUUGAGAAGGCAAAGGAGGUUCUGUUAGAUGAGGGAAUUCCUGCCAUUAGUAAAAAUGAAAUUAAAAGCGUGCUUGUUUCUGCACUUGCUUCAAAUGACCAAAUGGCCGAUGCCCUCGAAUUAUAUGAUGAAAUCAAACAAGCUGAAGCAAACUUAGAGCCAAAGGCCACCAUAUGUCUUAUUGAACAUCUUCAAUCUGAAGGUGAGCUAAGCCGUUUACUUCAGCUACUGAAUAAAUUGCACGAAUCAGAAUAUUGGGACGAUGGAUGUGGCAGGGUCAUUCUGUAUUGUGUUCGACACAAGCUCAUGGGCCCUGCUAUUGAUUUGCUCAAGCAACGUGUGGAGAAGUCAAGAACCGACGAGAUGUUUAUAGAUGUUAUCUUUGAUGAGGUGUUUUGCCAAAUCGCUGAGAUGGAACCAACCGAUGUGCAAUUUGGGUUAGAUCUACUUCAGGCUAUUAAAGACGACAUGGGUAUUCAACCGUCAAGAAAAAGUCAUGAUUUUCUUCUCAGUGCUUGUGUUAGUGCCAAAGAUCUAGAACGUUCCUUUAUAGUUUGGAAAGAAUAUCAGACCGCUGGCCUUCCUUAUAAUGUGUUGACUUCUGUAAGGAUGUACCAGGCACUUGUGGCUUCAGGGGCCCAUAAAGCUGCAAAGAUUUUGCUUGAAAACAUUCCCGAUGAUGACCCUCAUGUGUGUACUGUUAUCAAAGCAUCUCAAAAAACGUUUGGCAAAACCCCAUCUGUGGAAAGCGUGGAAAACAACAAGAAAAAGAAAAAGAAGCGAAAAUAGAGAUGAUAUAUGCAAACAUGUUGGAUUUUAUCAUUGUAUGACUUAUUAGCGACAACAGUAUUUAGCUGACCAGAAGUUGGCGACAGCUGACCAGAAGUUAGGAAGCAUUGGCGGGGAUACACUUACAAAUUUCAAUGUUAGAUAUAGACACAAGCUUGUUGCAUGUUUGGCUCUAAAUGGAUCCCUCAAUUCAACUGGCUACAUCCGGGUUCGUCUGGUGAUAUGUUGAUUCUUUAAGUGGUCUUGUUAUUUGGAAAUAUUCAACUGAUCCAUCCCAUGAAUUUUGUAACUAGGUAGAUUACUUAUUGUAGUGCUAACCAUCAACUUAGAGUUAGUUUUAUUGGAAAAAAUAUAUUACCAUUUAGAUGAAAUGGGAUGCAAAAACUUAUGAUCAUAUAUUCAUAUCCCUCUCCAUAUAUCUUGAACGAUC